CCAGCUGAAGCUGAAGGGCUCAAAGGCAAAGCCAUGGUAGUGAAGAAGAAGACUUCCAAAGUGGAGGCUGUGGCGCUGGAUGAGGAGAAACUGCACAAGCUGUUAGCAUCCCUCUCAGUUGAUGGAGGAGAAGAUGGAGUCAAGCAGGUUGCCCAAACCCUGCAGUCCUGUUUGGAGCUGACAGAGCCGGUGCAGCAGAUCCAGCUGGUUAAAAAGGCAGGGUCCCAGCUGGAGGCACUGAGUGAUGAGCAAAUGGGCGGAGUUCUUUUAGAUGCUUGUCUACACACGCUAGCUGUGGUCUACACCUCCCUGCAGUCCAAGAACCCCCUCCGAAGAGCCAUUGCAAGUGCCUUGGGUUCAGUACCAGCUUGGCUUCAGGAGCAGACUGUGAGCUGCUUGGCUGGUUGCUUGUCUGAUUGUCUUUCCAGCACGUCUUCAGACCGGUAUCCCCACAUCGUCGACUCCAUCACUGCCUGUCUGGAUGGCUUCCCUCUUGGUGAAAGCUGCAUUAACAAACUAUUACCAGAAGUUUUGCAGUUCCUUCACAAGGCGCUGAGUGAAUACCUUCAUCAAAACAGUGGUCUUGUAGGCCGCCACAUUGCCCAGGCUCAGCUGAUGCAGUCCUGUCUAGCUGCAGUGAAGACCUCCAUGCUGGUGGUCCAGAGGUCUCAGGACACGAUCAGCAUGGCUUUACAGGCCCAACAGGACUGCUGCAGGCUGCAGGACACACUGGGUGACCUCUUGGACUGCUACAUACACAUCCUCACUGAUGAGGAGUUCAUCCAGUCUGUCCAGAGCACAGCUGGCAUGGCUGUGGUGUUAUUGAUCAGGUCUGUUAUGGGCUCUGGAGACGAUGUUGCUUCAGUGGUGUGCAGUUUGCUGCGUAGCUCUGUGCAGGAUUUGGAUUCGGCUCCUCAGUGGCUCAAGCAGAGGUGUGAGGGUCUGUGCAGCAGUGGACGCCCACCGGGUGUCUCUCUGUAUCUGUGUCACGGUGCCCUUGCUAUGCUGAGCUGGAAGGCUGCCCUACCAGGACCACAGUGGGAACAGCUGCUGCUGCUGGUCCCAAACACGCUGCUGGAACUAGAUGUUAGUAUAAAGGAGUCGAGUACAGCCAUGGUGGUGGCUCGGGUCCUUACUCUGUGGAGUGGGGCUGCCCUGGAUUGCCUGCAGGGGCAGACACAGUUGUGUCCUCCCAGCCUCCAGCAGUCCCUGAGUGGAGGCUCUGACCUACAGCAACACCUGCUGGAGCACAUCUACUCCCACUGGGAGCAUCCGCUGGACGGUGUCCGCCACCAAACCCGGUCCUUGUUCCGCAACCACCUCCUCAUCCAUCAGCACACCAGCCCGUCCGUCUCUGACCCCACCGAGGAUCCGUACAUCACCGACCUGACUCAUAACCUACUAGGGCUUGAGUGGCAUAUGAGGGGGAAGUUCGGCUCCUUAGGCUGCCUGGUGGAGCUCUAUGGGGCAGGGUAUCUGCUUAAUAUCCAGCCCCAAUUGCCUUCAUGUCUCCUGGGUUUGAUGGGUGACCAGACCUUAGCUCCGUAUGCCAGCGACCUACUGGAAAGGCUGUUUGUCAGCCACAAGGCACAGCUGGCGAGUGAGGCUGGUGCAGCAGUGGGAGAGACGGAGGCUUGGAUGGAGCGCUGGCACCAGACGUGGGUAACUCCUCUGCUGCAUGUGUUGUGCCGAUCCAGGCUGGACCAAACAACGUACAUCCUGGACUACUUCCUGCCCAAGCUGCUACGCUGUAGCCCCUCCAGUCUGGCACACAUGGUGCAGGCCCUGCAGGACAUGCCACCCAUAGGUUCUGCAGGCAGCAGAGGAGCUCUAGGCGCUCUGAUGACGUGCCUACGGGCAGCCAGGGCCCAGGGAGUCAUACCGUCCACAAAGGGUGGCCUGUGGGGAGGACUGGUGCCGCUGUCCCUGCUCCAACAAGCUCUGAUACAUAAACAUGAUCAGGUGAGGAUGGAUGCUUUGGGCUUGGUGUGUGAGAGCCACCGCAGCACAGAGGUUCUGACCUCACAGGAAAUGGACCUGAUCUGCCACUUCCUCCUGCCCAACCUCAACAGCCAGUCACCAGGCAUCAGACAGCAAACAGUCAGCCUGCUAAAGAAGCUGCUCUGCAGAGUGAAGGACAGCACUCAGCUGCUGCAGAAGAGACUGAGCCAGAAGAGAGACCAGGAGGAGGGAGACACAGACCAACACACUCUACGUCAGUACAAGGCGUUCCUGUGCUGGCUGUGUGAGAGGCUGCUGGAAGUUUUGCUCCCUGGAGCCUCUUUUUCUAAAUGCCUUAUGUCUCUGCAUCUGCUGGGUCUGCUGGGUCAGCUCUUCAGCUUCAGCACUGAGCCUGAUGUUUUCGCCCUCGGCGAAGUUGUGACCUCUACAUAUGCUCAGAACGUCCUCUUCUGUGUCGCCAGCAAUUUCCUGGAAGUCAAACAGCUCGCCUCGUCGUUAAUACAGCAGCUCCCACCAUCAGCUGUUGGACUUGAGGUGCCCGAGAGGAUGCGCUCCAUUCUUCAGGCUGCUCUGAACCUUAGUACAAGCACCAAACCUUUUGACAGCGUUACAGCUGCCCACCUCCUCAACCUGCUGCUCCCCCAGCCACACCUGAGCCAGUCUUUGCUGCAUUGCGCCCAGCAGCAAGGCCUCGAUUACCAGCCUCUCUCCAUACCAGCCCAGGCUUCUGAUAUGCUCAUUUUGGAGCUCAACACUCUGGCAGUGGUUCAGUUCUUGCUGCGCUGCCUGCAGUCUGAGGUGUCGAGGGCAGAGGCGUCUCUGUUGCAGGCAGCUGCUUCCUUUCCUCUCUAUGGCAGAGCUCACUGCAUCACUGCUGUCCUGCAGCAUCUAAACACAGAGAGUUUGAGUCAGACUGAGCAUUGGAGAUAUCUGGUGUCAGAGCUGAUUGCUGUGUGCUACAGGAUGUCUGACGUGGUCUCCCCUGUAGUCCAGAGCUCCUCUCCAGAAGGACUCAUCCCCAUGGAUAAUGACUCAGAGACCUCAGCAGGGCUGCAGAAGAUCCUGCAGGAGAUUCAGCCCAGGGACACCAACGACUUCUUCACCAGCGCCAGAGAGCUGGACACACAGCAGGGGGACGAUCACACACAGACCCCAUCACUUGACACAGGUGGUGAGGGCUAUAGGGUGACGGCUCAGAUGGUGCUGGUGUGCUGCUGGCGGACAAUGAAGGAAGUGGCCAUGCUGCUCGGACAGCUGUGUCAGAGCCUGCCUCUGCACUACACCAAUGACAACGUGUGCACGCACACCGGGCUCAUCACAGAGCAACAGGUGGAGGGGGUAGGCCUGUACUUCCGUCAGCAGCUCCUGCAGUCCCGUCAUCGUGGCGCCUUCGAACUGGCUUAUGUGGGCUUUGUACGCCUCACAGACAUGUUGUGCAGGAGUGGAAGUGAGGCCCUGCAGCAGCUUCCUGCUCGCUGGCUUUCUGAGGUUCUGGAAGAGGUCAAAUCCAGCGACCCAUCAUCUAAGCUGUGCGCCACGCGACGAAGUGCUGGAAUACCUUUCUACAUCCAGGCUCUGCUCUCCUCUGAGCCCAAGUCGUCCAGCUGCAGCCUGUUGAAGAUGACCAUGAGAGAGCUGAUCGCUUUGGCCAUGCCUUCUGCUGACAAGACCACUGACACCUCCACCGUGCCUCAGGUCCAUGCUCUGAACAUCCUCAGAGCUCUGUACAGGGACACUCGUCUGGGGGAAAACAUUGUUCCUUUCGUCUCAGAAGGGAUGCAGGCUGCAGUGCUGGGCUUCACCUCUCCUGUCUGGGCAGUGAGGAACUCCUCUACUCUUCUUUUCAGCACUCUGAUCACAAGGAUUUUUGGCGUGAAGAAAGGGAAGGACGAACACUCGAAAAAGAACAGGAUGACGGGUCGAGAGUUUUUCACCCGCUUUCCGGCUCUAUAUCCGUUCCUUCUGAACCAGCUGGAGGAAGCUGCAGCCACAGUGGAAAGUGACAGCGGUCAGGUGAAGCUGCACCCCAGUCUCUUCUUGCUGCUGCUGGUUCUCAGUCGGCUCUACCCUUCUCCCAUGGAUGGAUCCUCUUCUCCUUUGGGGCUUGCACCUUUCAUGCCCUUCAUCAUGAGAUGCGGCCGCUCGGCUGUGUAUCGCACCAGAGAAAUGGCGGCUCGGGCUCUUGUCCCCUUUGUCCUGGUCACGCAAAUCCCGUCCACCGUCCAGACCUUGCUGCAGGAACUUCCUCUACAACCAGGACCCAAACUCCAACAGAACCGCAUCCACGGCACUCUGCUGCAGGUGCUGUUUCUCUUGCGCUCCUACCAGACUGACUCACACAGACCCCUGCCAGCAGGAAGCGACAUCGGUGAAGCUCUCUGUCAGCGCAUGUGGCUCGCUUCUCGACAGAACAGCUGUGUGGUGACCAGAGGAGCCUUUGUGGAUGUGUUGGUGUGCCUGUGUGGGCCUGAGAUCAGCAUUCUGGAAGAUUCAGAGGUCAGUACACUCCGUCAGAAGACUCUGUCUGUCCUCACGGCCUCAGAACUGGUCACUUCCUGCAAUUCCUCUGCCACCUUUGGGCCUGGCAGCACCCAGUACCUCCUCAGCAUGGCUCGGGUGGGCCUCAGCGCCGGUGUGGAGUUCCCUGAGCUCUGGGACGGCCCCCAGCUGAAGACCAAGCUCCUGGACCAUCUGCUGCAGUGCCCGCAGUACGAGGUGAGGGAGCUGGCAGUAGAGGGGCUACUGAGGAAGCUGGAGGAGGAAAGGAAGAGGAGGCCUGAGUGGCUGGAUGAGACCACCCAGUCUAACCUGACCAGUCUGGCUCUUCAUGAGACUCACCCCCAGUGUUUGGCCAAGGUCCUGCAGGUUUUGUGUGUGCUGAGCUCCAGCGAUGAGCUUCCGUGGAAGGAUGGUGCAAGGGUUUUGUCCCUGGAGGAGGUUUUGUUGCACCUCCUAACAUUGGCUCAGCACUCUGCUCACAGCGUGGAGCUCCACUGUGCUGCCCUGACGUUGGCCUCGCAACUGGUGAUUCGGCUGGUGAACUCUGACCCGCAGAGUUUGAGUGCAGUGGCUUGUUUCGCUCAGUGGGGGGCGUUGGUGUGCUCGUGCUGCAGCGAGGAGCGACCAGCGGAGGUCAAGCUGGCGGCCGCAAGGGUGCUGGUCAAAUGUACGUCCACCCUGCUGACCAGCCCUCGUCUGCCACUGGGUCUGUCCACGACAGUUUCACUGUGGAGGAGUCUGUUCGUGCUGCUGCAGGACGAAGACCAAGAAGUACGAGAUUCAGCGUCUGACUUCAUCUCUAACGUGCCAGCUCAUCUGCUCAGUACAGACAUGGCAGGUGUGUUCACGUGUCCGCCCGCGGCCCUGGAUUCAGGCGUCGGGCUCCUGUGUCGGCUGUUCGAGAUGUGGGGGGAGGUACAAGCCGGCAUCCUUGCUCUGACAGAGUGGCUGCUGGGGGAGGAUGAGCACAGUCAGGAUGCAGCUGUAAAUGAAGCUUCUAGUCUGGACGAUGAUGACUUCCUGUUCGAGAAAGGGGAUCUAAACCUGUGGGCUGAGCCCAUCCAGUGGGUGAAGCUGCUUCACAGACACCUUGGCUCCCUCAUCCUAACCUUCAAGGACACUCGGGAACCGGAAUCUGCUGGGCUGGACCAGGUUAACCAAAUCCACACUCUGGCCCAAAGCAAGGCCCUCAGCUCCCAGCAGGCCCUGGACUCCCUCCCAGCUCUGCCUCAGUUCUGCUGCACCAUCGAGCACGCCCGGCUGACGCUGCGUCAGCAGAGGGCCGCUCUGGCUCUAGAGGUGCUGGACAGGCUGAGACAGAGAAGCUAGAAGAGAUCGGUUUUAGUUGCACCAGUUGUUUAUUUUCAAUGGGAAAAGACUUCCAAAUAUUUCAGUUAUCACAUAAAUGGAUUUUAAUGGCCCGACACAGGAGACCACAGGCUGGUUUUGUGGUGAAGUCUUUUAAUGAUCAAGUGGAGGGAAUGAAGGAACUCUGAUGUUUUUCGUUUUUUACUUCAUGUCUUACAAAUGUUGCUCUCCUUGAUUGCCAGAAGCAUCAUAAGUGCAUGAUUACUGUUCCGUUAUUAGUGUACUUUUUAAAUCCAAUGUUCCCAACUGCUAAAAUGGAAAGAAUAAA